UUGUCAUUCAAGAUCAACAUAAUAUACGAAAAUGACAUAAUAGAAGCAAUACAUGCCAUUUUGGAGUUGAUUAUAAUGUCAUGUGAACUUGGCAUUUUCGGUGGAAAGUCAGAAUCGUCAUUCCGACUCUGGAAAUCGGAAUCAUCAAUCUCCAUUGAAGCUUGACAGAUAAUCGCCUCCAACUUUCGAUUCGCAGUAGAAGUUGUUGUUUGCCAAAUUUCUCGCACGCAUGCGUAGCAGUUUUUAAUUAUUUUGAAUGCUUCCCAUCUUUGGAAACUUAACUUCCGGGGCGAGGUAUGGGUACGGAAUAUUUAGGAAAUGCAAACAGCAGACGGCAUUAAAGACGUUCCUUACGCGUGUAGACAUGGAGGUCAAAUUUGAAAAUUCGCAUCAUUAUUAGUCCCACGAAAACUUUAGUUAUUUUGGAUUCCUGUUUUUGCAAUUUCAGUCUUAUUUGGUCCCAUUUGGGGAAUUUCCUCAAAACUUUAUUUGUGACGAGAGAGUAAUUCAUUAUAAAGUCGGUUUAUGGCCUAAGCUGAGGCUGCUGAGCCAUCUGCAAAGAAGAUUCAAACAUUCUUGAUGAUGGCGGUAAUAAACUUAGUAGUGAUUCUUACCAUUCUUCUUGCUUCUUGAAAGGGCUUAGCUUACUUGACCCGCCUGAUUUCCUAUCUCUGCAACUGAUUCGUCAUAACCUCUCCGAUAUGCCCGGCUCCGCUUUUUUCUCGAACUGGAACUUCAAAACUGGAGACCUCUGUACCUUUAAUGGAGUUACUUGUAACAGCAACAACACAAAGGUAACUAAGUUGUACCUUGGUGGAUAUCCGGGAUUGACGGGUCGGCUUGACCCGUUUUAUCUUAACAUGACUUCUAUUACAGAGCUUGCAGUGAUUCCCGGAACGAUAGACGGUACAUUGCCGGAAAGUCUAUCGAGUCUGACGAGCCUAACGCUUCUCUCGAUAACCGGGAAUCUUUUCAGAGGGGAGAUUCCGGCGUCUAUUGGGAAUCUCCGGAAUCUAAAGACGCUCGAUCUCAGCUGCAAUCGGCUCACCGGAAGUAUUCCAUGGCAAAUCGGAGGCUUGCCGGCGUUGACCAGGCUGGCCCUGAGCGGCAACCUUCUCUCAGGUUCUGUCCCAGUUUUCCUGACCCAAACUCUAAUUACAGUUGACCUCACAGCCAAUAAUCUUACCGGAGGUCUACCGGUCAACGCUUUCCCGCCGUCGAUUCAGUACCUUUCGUUGCCACGUAACCAGUUGAGUGGCUCAGUGUACCAGAUAUUAUCCCGUUUAAACAAGUUGAAGUAUCUCGACCUUGGGAUUAACCAAUUUACCGGCGGCAUUCCGGCCAGCAUUUUCAGUCUCCCGAGCAUCACAAGUCUCCGGCUUGACAGAAAUAUAUUUUCCGGAGAGUUGCCAUCGACGGUUGGUCAGGUGAAUAUUAACGUCGUUGACCUCAGCUACAACGGGUUUUCCGGCGGAAUACCGCCCGGGUUUUCCGUCGUUACAAGCUUGAGCGUGAACAAUAACCAGUUGACUGGCGAGGUUCCGAGUGAGUUCUUGGACCGGGUUCUCUCAUCCCAUAUUAAGCUUCUCGACUUGCGGCACAAUUUGCUGAGAAGCUCUAAUAAUCUGUCGGCGGUUAUUCCUGCGGAGGGAGCAGCUUGGUGUUGGGCAUCAAAUAGCUCGGCGUCGCCAACUUGCUCGCCGGAAGACGUCGACGGCAAGUUUGAAAAGAGGCCCACCGAGCUGUGCAAAGUGGGGUGAAACGCUGAACUUUCGAUAUUAGUCAAUUUUCACCCUAUUACCCACAAAUUGGCCACCUUUGAGUCUUGAUCGUAUAAUAAUUAAUAUAUGCGUUUAUUAAUA